UCUCUUUUCUGAUUACAACUGAACCGCCCGAUUGUUCUCCGAUGUGUGCUAAGAUUGAAUCCUGACCCUUAAAUCACUUUGACCGCUGCACACCGGAAUGUUCAUAUAUAUUUUUUUAAGAAUAAGAAAAAGAAAAGAAAAGUGGUUCAAAGGGAAUUUAAUUCAGGACAGCGGAAGUCUUAGCUUAGCUUAGCUACGCCCCUGACCGCUUCUUCCCCUCUUCAUUGUUGUCCAUCUCCUUGCCGAUUAAUUCCCUCUAAAAAGAAACUAAGGUCCAAACUCUAAUUUUUGUUUAUAUUAUUGAGAACAGAGAAAAUUAAAGUGAAAGAGGAAAGAUGCUGGGAACAGUAAGGCAAAAGUUGUUGGGGCAGGCAUUGCAGAAGAUUCUGCCUGUUGGGUCGGUGUUGAGAAGUUACUCAUCUGCAGCAAAACAGAUGACAGUGAGAGAGGCAUUGAACUCUGCUCUUGAUGAGGAGAUGUCGGCUGAUCCAAAAGUCUUUUUGAUGGGUGAAGAGGUUGGAGAAUAUCAGGGCGCAUACAAGAUAUCCAAGGGGCUUUUGGAGAAGUAUGGACCUGAGAGGGUUCUUGAUACUCCAAUUACUGAGGCUGGUUUUACUGGGAUUGGGGUUGGUGCAGCAUACUAUGGUCUGAAGCCUGUAGUAGAGUUCAUGACAUUUAAUUUCUCCAUGCAGGCAAUUGACCAUAUUAUUAACUCUGCUGCAAAGUCAAACUACAUGUCUGCUGGCCAGAUGUCUGUACCUAUUGUUUUUAGAGGACCUAAUGGUGCUGCUGCUGGUGUUGGUGCCCAACACUCUCAGUGUUAUGCAGCAUGGUAUGCUUCUUGUCCUGGGUUGAAAGUGCUGUCACCAUACAAUUCUGAAGAUGCUCGUGGACUGCUCAAAGCUGCUAUUAGAGAUCCAGACCCAGUUGUUUUCCUUGAAAAUGAGUUGCUAUAUGGUGAAUCAUUCCCUGUUUCUGAUGAAGUUCUUGAUUCCAGUUUUUGCCUUCCAAUUGGAAAAGCUAAGAUAGAGAGAGAAGGAAAGGACGUGAGUAUUACAGCUUUUUCAAAAAUGGUGGGCCAUGCUCUUAAGGCUGCUGAGAUACUUGAAAAGGAUGGAAUUGAUGCUGAGGUUAUAAAUUUGCGUUCCAUUAGGCCGUUAGAUAGAUCGACAAUUAACGCCUCAGUCAGGAAAACUAACAGACUAAUAACAGUUGAAGAAGCAUUUCCACAGCAUGGUGUUGGUGCUGAAAUCUGUGCAUCUGUUGUGGAGGAGAGUUUUGCUUAUCUGGAUGCACCGGUUCAGAGAAUUGCUGGAGCUGAUGUUCCCAUGCCAUAUGCAGCAAACCUUGAGAGAAUGGCUGUGCCACAAGUUGAAGAUAUUGUCCGUGCUGCAAAGAGAGCAUGCUACAGAUCUGUACCAAUGGCUGCUGCUGCAUAAUUGAACCAAUCCAGGAAUUACAGGAAACGAUUUAUAACACUUUUGGGGUGGAGCUGCUUUAUUUAAUAACUGGGACAUUGUUAGAAAUGGCUGAAAAUUGUGACUUUAUUUGUCAUGUGAACAUAGCCUGUUCAAACCUGGGACGCCAAGAUUUAUGUUUUUUUCUAUUAUGUGGUGCACACCCUCUGGAAAGGGAUCUGCUACUGUUUCUGAGCUUGUGUUUUAAUCUCAUUUUUGUUGAGUUUAAUGGACUUUGAAUGCGCUGAUUCGAUGUUUUUGAAUAA